AUGGAAAAUCGUGGUAGAACUUUAUCGCCAUUUAGUGUUGCGGUUGAUAAUUUAAGUUUAACUAAUAUAACUCGUUUAGUAGAUAAUAGUAUCAUUAAAUCUCAUAUGGAUAUUUAUAAAUUUAAUGUUGCUCAAGCUGAAGUAAUAAUGGAAUCAUCAAUAUUAAAUGUUACUGUUUUAUUCACAUUUACUAAACAAUGUAUGAUUGAUUGUCAACAAAUACAAAUUAAUAAAUUAAAAAAUACACAGUCAAUUAUUCUUAAUCCAAUUGUUAUUAUUUAUGAUGGAAAAAUUCAUUUUCAUAAUAUUUCAUUAAUUGGCAAGUUUCAUUUUUCUUUAAUACAUUUCUACUUAGGUUAUACCAAUAAUGUUUUAAUUAUGACAUCAACGAUAGAAUUAAUACCUACAAUAGAAAAUACAAUAAUACCGGAUAAUAUAACAAUAGAAAUGACAAAUGAAUCAAUUCUAAAUACUACAAAAAUGAUUUUUGAAGUAAAUUACAAAUUAGAUCAAUAUGAUCUGAUAAUAGAGGGUGUUUUUAAAGUUGGUCCUAUUAUUGAAAAUUUAACUUUAAAUGAUUUAACAAAUAUGAUGCAAACAACAGUAUCAAAUGAUUCAAACAUUACUGUAAUUGUAUUUAAUGCUACUAUUGAAAUUGAUGAUGGAAAUUCUACAGAAAAAAUCGUUUCAUCUGAUUCAAUUAAUUAUAUUCUUCGUCUUAUUGUUUACUAUAUCUAUGCGAUAACAUGUAAUAUAUGUAUUGAAAUUAGUAAUAAUGCUGUCUAUAAUGAACCUCAAUUAGACAAAUUAAUUGAAAUUCGAAAUGCUACUUUAAUUGAUAUCUCUCGACCGAUUACUGUUAUUAAGAUUACAUCAAACUCAAUAACAACAAUUUUUUCAUCUACUACUCAUAAAGUUUCUAUGUCGACUGUUCAAUUGUCAACAACAAAUUCAAAUUAUAAUAGUACAAUGAAAACAACGAGUUCAACAGUAGUUCAUGCUACUAUUCAUCCGACUACUAGUCAACAUCAAACAACAGAACAUACAAGUGCUGUUCAUUAUACAUCAGAAGAUAAAACGACUACUUUCCAUACAACCACACGUCCUCAUAUGAACAAAUAG